AUGGCUAUAGCACUUGGGAGGAUCUCCUCGUCCUACAGGAGCCACCUAUGGAGGUCCCUGCUGGGCUGUCCUGAAGCCUGGCACAAGAUUAAUUGUUCAGUUCUAUUGAUGAAGGAAUCCGCCAUUCACACCUCCUCCUUGGCUUUUGCUGGGCACAAUAAGUGGUCCAAAGUCAGGCAUAUCAAAGGGCCGAAGGAUGCCGCGAGGGCACGCAUAUUCUCUAAGCUGUCCAUGAUGAUCAAAGUCGCUGUGAAAGAAGGAGGACCUAACCCUGAGCUAAAUCCACACCUGUACAACCUCGUGGAGCAGUGCCGGCAAAGGAAUAUACCCAAGACUUCCAUCGAGGUUGCUAUCAAAGGAGCUGAUAAGUCUAAGCCAGCCUCCUAUGCACUGUUUCAAGCAAGAGGGCCUGGAGGAGCUUCCCUACUCAUUGAACUACUGACUGACAACACCAAUCGUUCCUUUGCAGAUGUGAAACUCAUACUGAACAAAAAUGGAGGAACCGCUACAGAUGGAGCACGACAUUGCUUUACUAAGAAGGGAGUGGUAACCGUACAGACAUAUGACAAGGAUGGCAGUCCUGUGCCCUUGGAGCAGGCAUUGGAAUUUGCCAUACAGGCUGGAGCAGAGGAUGUACAGGAAUCGCAGGAUGAGGAGGACAAGGAUGUGUACAAGUACAUCUGUGAAGUCCCCGCCUUGCGAGAAGUCCGCUCACAGCUGCUCACGUUGGGAAUGGUGCCGAUCUCCUCCGCCCCUGAGUAUUUGCCUAUCAUCACUGUACAACCAUCAGACUCUGACAAGGAGAAGCUCUUUCACCUCCUGGAACUGAUCAACAACCAAGCAGAGGUCUUACGGAUUUACGACAAUAUUGAAUAG